UUUUCUUAAGCGGCGGCGGCGGCGGCAGCAGCAGCAAGAGGAGAAGCAACCCCAGCUAUGACUGCCGCAUGUUAAUAGCUGCCGCUGGGUCCCUGGGCUGCUGCUGGAGACAGAGCCUGACUCCGAAGUUGUGCAACUGUGGACUGGCAGAGACAUUUGAACCCUCUUUUCUCUUCGCUCCGCUUUUGCCCCCUUGGGGUGUGUGAAGCGAGGAACGUAAAGGAAGGCGAGCAUUUGGCUCUCUUUUUCCUUCCCCUUUCUCCGUGGCUGUGUAGCAGAAGAAAGGGAAGAGAGACUUUUUGUUGUUGUUUCCUUGACUGGGGUCUCCACCCUCCUGCUGCUUUCUCUGCGCUUCGAUUCUCGUUCUUUGCCGCGUGUGGUUGGGGGUGUCUGCACAGGGGCCGGCCGGUCUUUUGCCCCGAGCUCAAUGGCUGGAUUGUGGAAACUGCACCCGCCUUCAGGUUGUUGAGCAACUGAUGGGACGAUCUCAGGGACCGGCGGUUACGAAAGAAAUGUUUAAUUUGAUAAAUCGGAGGAAAAAACCAUGGAUUUUUAGCAAUUGAAGAGCAAAUUAAGGUUUCAGAUUUGGGAUAUUGGUGUUUCUGUUUCGGAAGAAUUAUUCUUUUUAUUUUUAAUUUAAAGAAAAUUCAUCAGUUUCGGAAUACAGAAGAGGAACUAGAAAUAUACGUAUUUUGUUUCACAUUUGAACAGUCAUUCUUGAGGAAUACUCCAUACCUGAGUGGACAGCCAUGUGGCCAUCGCAGCUACUAAUUUUCAUGAUGCUUUUAGCUCCAAUAAUUCAUGGUGGCAAGCACAGUGAACGACAUCCAGCCCUUGCUGCUCCAUUGCGACACGCUGAGCGCAGCCCAGGAGGCGCUCUUCCACCCAGACAUCUACUUCAGCAGCCAGCUGCAGAGCGCACCGCCGCUCAUCGUGGACAAGGGCCCCGUGGAGCUUCCAGAGGAGUUCGUGGUCCAGGUGCCCAAGGAGCACAGAUUGCAGCCCAAGCUUUCAGCCGUGCCCCAAUUCCGAUGGCUGUGGUCCGCAGAGAGCUAUCCUGUGAGAGCUAUCCUAUAGAGCUCCGCUGUCCAGGAACAGACGUCAUCAUGAUAGAAAGUGCGAACUAUGGCAGGACUGAUGACAAAAUUUGUGACUCUGACCCUGCUCAGAUGGAGAAUAUCCGAUGUUAUCUGCCAGAUGCCUAUAAGAUUAUGUCUCAAAGAUGCAAUAACAGAACCCAGUGUGCAGUGGUGGCAGGUCCUGAUGUUUUUCCAGACCCGUGUCCAGGAACCUAUAAAUACCUUGAAGUGCAGUAUGAAUGUGUCCCUUACAAAGUGGAACAAAAAGUUUUUCUUUGUCCUGGACUACUAAAAGGAGUAUACCAGAGUGAACAUUUGUUUGAGUCUGACCACCAAUCUGGGGCGUGGUGCAAAGACCCUCUGCAGGCAUCUGACAAGAUUUAUUAUAUGCCCUGGACUCCCUACAGAACUGAUACCCUGACUGAGUAUUCAUCCAAGGAUGACUUCAUUGCUGGAAGACCAACUACAACCUACAAGCUCCCUCAUAGGGUGGAUGGCACAGGAUUUGUAGUGUAUGAUGGAGCUUUGUUCUUCAACAAAGAGCGCACCAGGAACAUAGUAAAGUUUGAUUUGCGGACUAGGAUAAAGAGUGGAGAGGCUAUCAUAGCAAAUGCCAAUUACCAUGAUACCUCCCCUUACCGAUGGGGAGGCAAAUCUGACAUAGACCUGGCAGUAGAUGAGAAUGGGCUAUGGGUAAUCUAUGCAACAGAACAAAACAACGGUAAAAUUGUCAUUAGUCAGUUGAACCCUUACACCCUACGGAUCGAAGGAACAUGGGAUACUGCAUAUGAUAAAAGGUCAGCUUCCAAUGCCUUUAUGAUUUGUGGAAUUCUGUAUGUGGUCAAAUCUGUAUAUGAGGAUGAUGACAAUGAGGCCACUGGAAAUAAGAUUGACUACAUUUACAACACUGACCAAAGCAAGGAUAGUUUGGUGGAUGUACCCUUUCCCAAUUCAUACCAGUACAUUGCAGCUGUGGAUUACAACCCCAGGGACAACCUGCUUUAUGUAUGGAAUAACUAUCAUGUCGUGAAAUAUUCUUUGGAUUUUGGACCGCUGGAUAGUAGAUCAGGGCAGGCACAUCAUGGACAAGUUUCAUACAUUUCUCCACCAAUUCAUCUUGACUCUGAGCUAGAAAGACCCUCUGUUAAAGAUAUCUCUACCACAGGACCCCUUGGCAUGGGAAGCACGACCACCAGUACCACCCUUCAGACCACAACUUUGAGCCCAGGAAGGAGUACCACCCCGUCAGUGUCAGGAAGAAGAAACCGGAGUACUAGCACCCCAUAUCCAGCUGUUGAGGUGCUUGAUGACAUGACCACACACCUUCCAUCAGCAUCGUCCCAAAUCCCAGCUCUCGAAGAGAGCUGUGAGCCUGUGGAAGCCCGAGAAAUCAUGUGGUUUAAGACCCGUCAAGGACAGAUAGCAAAGCAGCCAUGCCCUGCAGGAACUAUAGGUGUAUCAACUUAUCUAUGCCUUGCUCCUGAUGGAAUUUGGGAUCCCCAAGGACCAGAUCUCAGCAACUGUUCUUCUCCUUGGGUCAAUCAUAUAACACAGAAGUUGAAAUCUGGUGAGACAGCUGCCAACAUUGCUAGAGAGCUGGCUGAACAGACAAGAAAUCACUUGAAUGCUGGGGACAUCAGCUACUCUGUCCGGGCCAUGGAUCAGCUGGUAGGCCUCCUAGAUGUACAACUUCGGAACUUGACCCCAGGUGGAAAAGAUAGCGCUGCCCGGAGUUUGAACAAGCUUCAGAAAAGAGAGCGCUCUUGCAGAGCCUAUGUCCAGGCAAUGGUCGAGACAGUUAACAACCUGCUUCAGCCACAAGCUUUGAAUGCGUGGAGAGACCUGACUAUAAGCGAUCAGCUACGUGCGGCCACCAUGUUGCUUCAUACUGUGGAGGAAAGUGCUUUUGUGCUGGCUGAUAACCUUUUGAAGACUGACAUUGUCAGGGAGAACACAGACAAUAUUAAAUUGGAAGUUGCAAGACUGAGCACAGAAGGAAACUUAGAAGACCUAAAAUUUCCAGAAAACAUGGGCCAUGGAAGCACUAUCCAGCUGUCUGCAAAUACUUUAAAGCAAAAUGGCCGAAAUGGAGAGAUCAGAGUGGCCUUUGUGCUGUAUAACAACUUGGGUCCUUAUUUGUCCACGGAGAAUGCCAGUAUGAAGUUGGGAACGGAAGCUUUGUCCACAAAUCAUUCUGUUAUUGUCAAUUCUCCUGUUAUUACGGCAGCAAUAAACAAAGAGUUCAGUAACAAGGUUUAUUUGGCUGAUCCUGUGGUGUUUACUGUUAAACAUAUCAAGCAGUCAGAGGAAAAUUUCAACCCUAACUGUUCAUUUUGGAGCUACUCCAAGCGUACAAUGACAGGUUAUUGGUCAACACAAGGCUGUCGGCUCCUGACAACAAAUAAGACACAUACUACAUGCUCUUGUAACCACCUAACAAAUUUUGCAGUACUGAUGGCACAUGUGGAAGUUAAGCACAGUGAUGCGGUCCAUGACCUCCUUCUGGAUGUGAUCACGUGGGUUGGAAUUUUGCUGUCGCUUGUUUGUCUCCUGAUUUGCAUCUUCACAUUUUGCUUUUUCCGCGGGCUCCAGAGUGACCGUAACACCAUCCACAAGAACCUUUGCAUCAGUCUCUUUGUAGCAGAGCUGCUCUUCCUGAUUGGGAUCAACCGAACUGACCAACCAAUUGCCUGUGCUGUUUUCGCUGCCCUCUUACAUUUCUUCUUCUUGGCUGCCUUCACUUGGAUGUUCCUGGAGGGGGUGCAGCUUUAUAUCAUGCUGGUGGAGGUUUUUGAGAGUGAACAUUCACGUAGGAAAUACUUUUAUCUGGUCGGCUAUGGGAUGCCUGCACUCAUUGUGGCUGUGUCAGCUGCAGUAGACUACAGGAGUUAUGGAACAGAUAAAGUAUGUUGGCUCCGACUUGACACCUAUUUCAUUUGGAGUUUUAUAGGACCAGCAACCUUGAUAAUUAUGCUUAAUGUAAUCUUCCUUGGGAUUGCUUUAUAUAAAAUGUUUCAUCAUACUGCUAUACUGAAACCUGAAUCAGGCUGUCUUGAUAACAUCAACUAUGAGGAUAACAGACCCUUCAUCAAGUCAUGGGUUAUAGGUGCAAUAGCUCUUCUCUGCCUAUUAGGAUUGACCUGGGCCUUUGGACUCAUGUAUAUUAAUGAAAGCACAGUCAUCAUGGCGUAUCUCUUCACCAUUUUCAAUUCUCUACAGGGAAUGUUUAUAUUUAUUUUCCAUUGUGUCCUACAGAAGAAGGUACGAAAAGAGUAUGGGAAAUGCCUGCGAACACAUUGCUGUAGUGGCAAAAGUACAGAGAGUUCCAUUGGUUCAGGGAAAACAUCUGGUUCUCGAACUCCUGGACGCUACUCCACAGGCUCACAGAGCCGAAUCCGUAGAAUGUGGAAUGACACGGUUCGAAAGCAGUCAGAGUCUUCCUUUAUUACUGGAGACAUAAACAGUUCAGCGUCACUCAACAGAGAGGGGCUUCUGAACAAUGCCAGGGAUACAAGUGUCAUGGAUACUCUACCACUGAAUGGUAACCAUGGCAAUAGUUACAGCAUUGCCAGCGGCGAAUACCUGAGCAACUGUGUGCAAAUCAUAGACCGUGGCUAUAACCAUAACGAGACCGCCUUAGAGAAAAAGAUUCUGAAGGAACUCACUUCCAACUAUAUCCCUUCUUACCUGAACAACCACGAGCGCUCCAGCGAACAGAACAGGAAUCUAAUGAACAAGCUGGUGAAUAACCUUGGCAGUGGAAGGGAAGAAGAUGCCAUUGUCCUGGAUGAUGCCUCCUCGUUUAACCACGAGGAGAGUUUGGGCCUGGAACUCAUUCAUGAGGAAUCUGAUGCUCCUUUGCUGCCCCCAAGAGUAUACUCCACCGAGAACCACCAGCCACACCACUAUACCAGAAGGCGGAUCCCCCAAGACCACAGUGAGAGCUUUUUCCCUUUGCUAACCAACGAGCACACAGAAGAUCUCCAGUCACCCCAUAGAGACUCUCUCUAUACCAGCAUGCCGACACUGGCUGGUGUGGCCGCCACAGAGAGUGUUACCACCAGCACCCAGACCGAACCCCCACCGGCCAAAUGUGGUGAUGCCGAAGAUGUUUACUACAAAAGCAUGCCAAACCUAGGCUCCAGAAACCACGUCCAUCAGCUGCAUACUUACUACCAGCUAGGUCGCGGCAGCAGUGAUGGAUUUAUAGUUCCUCCAAACAAAGAUGGGACCCCUCCCGAGGGAAGUUCAAAAGGACCUGCUCAUUUGGUCACUAGUCUAUAGAAGAUGAGACAGAAAUUGAAACCAACAAAACUGCUAACAUCUUGUUGACUGUUCUGAGUUGAUAUAAGCAGUGGUAAUAAUGUGUGUACUCCUAAAUCUUUAUGCUGUCCUCAAAAGACAAACACAAACUCUCAGACUUUUUUUUUUUUUUUUUUAAAUGAGAUUUUUAGGUCAGCCCAGGGGAGAAAGAUAACUGCUAAAAUUCUCCUGUACCCCAUCCUUUCUUGUCCUUUCCCCUUCAGAUGGAGACUUCAUUAUGUUAAUGAACAAGAUAUGAAGAAAAUGGCACUCAUUGUGGCCUUGUUGAAUUACGUUGUGUCUGUUUUAACAUCUCUGAUGCUCUGUUACUAAAAUUACAAGGACCUGCUUUUUAAAAGGCCAGAACAGUUGUCUGAAAUUAGUAACAAUGCUGCAUCUAGAUUGGAGUGCUGCACAAGCAAACAUAAAAGCAAAGCAAAACUGUAUCACAUAGGGUUUUCGGUCACUCACAGCCUGAAUUCACCACAACUGCAAUAGCUGUGGAAAACAAAAUAAAACAACAAAAUUAAUAAUGAAAUGGAGGGGAAUUCUAGAAUUAUAUGCUAAAUGCAUAUUUUAUGAUUUGCUGUAUUAACUGAUGAUAAAACUAAUGGCAGAAAAAAGCUGAACAAUUUCUAUGUAAUGUACAGAUACUAGCAUUGCACAUAUAGUCUGCUUUCUGUUCCUCCAGAAUUUGAGUCCUGUUAAUGUAGUAGAAAAAAAAAAAUUUCUUUUUCUUUUGUGCUGGUCUUGCAAGUUUGUCUACCAGUAAGAGAGCAAAGUUUCCUUCCUUUCUUCUCUUUCUUCGUUUUCUUUCUUUUUUUCUUUUUCGCCUUUUUUUCCUUUAAAACUUCGCCUGGCAAAAAAUAAAUAAAUGAAACUAUCACUUUAUAAGAAUCAUUUUCUAGUAAUGCAAACAAAUUAUUUUUUACAAAAAAAUAAAAUAAAUAAAAUUAGACUUCCUUCCCUCACUAUAUAUCUUUAUGCAGUCAGAAUAUUUCCAACAGUGUUUUUUGCAAACUAGAGCAGGACAAACUUUUAUGUUUACAGGGCACAUCUGUUGUAAUGCAAAGCAUAUUUGGCAAGCAGUUCAUCACCAGGACACUAGCUAUGAUUCUAGAUGUCAAAAGGUGUCUAUAGAACUAGUGGGACUUCUGCAUGUGAAAACGGUUUUCCAUAGGCAUUAAAGUGCUGAAUGCUCAGUCUGAUCCCCAAGUGGGCACCUGCACUACCGAUUUUUAGAGGAAAUUCACUCCCUCAUAGUAAGAAUUGAAAGGUCAAAUUAUUUUGAAGUGAUUUUUUUUUAAAAAGUCUUCUGUUUAUUAACAGGAAAAUUUAUUUAUUUGACAGGAUUUUGAGUAAUGUAGGAAUACAAAAGGUAAAUUAGCAGCACAUAUAAUUUUUUUUUUAAUUUAUGAUCCAUUUUGUAUGGUCUCAAAGUUGGAUGACCUCAUUACUAAUAUUUGUUGUAAAAGUGAAACUUGUUUGCCAACCAAUAAACAACUGAUUGAGAUUUAGAAGAUAUUGUAUUGAUGUAUGUACUAUAUGAUUAAUUAGUCUUUUUAUUUUUCUCGCCUUUCUUUCCUUCUGUUUUCAAUACAUAAACUUUGCUAAUCCUCCAUGGCCCAAAUGAGCCAUGCAAAAGAAAUCACUCUGCCUAGAUGAAUAAGCUAAGCACAAAAUCUUACAGGUUUGCAGACAAAGUAAACCAGAAAAAUGGAAUGGGCAUGUUUAUUUUGGCUGAAAUCAGAUGCAUCACUUAAUUUUGAGCAGGUUAACAUAUAUGUUACUAUUUACUAUCUAAAACCAGGUGCAGUCACUAUGCUUACCUUUAAAAAUAGAUUCAAUCAGAGAUAUAAAUAUCAAAUUUGGGGUCUGGGUGAGUCAUAUUUUUUUCCUCCUUUGUACAUUCCAUUUUGAUGUUAGAAAUUCAAAUUUCCUGAAUUUGCUAAAAGCUGCAAAGAGAAUAUUCAUUUUAUAAAGAUAUAAUAAGACUUUUAUUGUGUUUUUUUCUUAUUCUAUGUGAUGGAAAUAGGAAAAGAUAAAGAAGUUCUUUCCAAGAAAUUUUCUAGAUCUCUCAUUACUGCAGAUCCUUUAUAGCAGUGUCCAGGUACAGAUCCCCUGUUACGGCAAAGCUAAACGGAAUCUGCCAAAUUAUAAUUUCUCCUGUGGCGUGUUUUAUCUUGGGGUUUCCUUUUUCAAAAAUCUAAACACUAUCCAUCUAUAAAUGACUAUCUUAAACCAAGUUUAGAGAAUGGCCAAUAAUCUGUAUAUAGUUUAUAAAUACAUGACAAAAAAAUUUCUGCUAGGCCAGAGUGCAUCAUAACCUUCACAUCACCUCAAAAUAUUUUAUGUAUCAUUCCUUUUUAGUCAAUUGGCAUGAAUAUUUUUUAAGUCUACAGAUUUUAUGUUGGAGGAGAAUGACAAGCAUUAAUGGUAAUUCGGUUUUCUCACACCACACUAUGGCAAUAUUAGCACGUCCAAGGCGUUUAACCCACCUGAUACGUAGAAUACAUUUGGCAAUAAAAGAAUCCUUUUUAGAUGUGUUUAUGGUAACUUCAGAAACACAAAUGUGGUCUGUGGAUUAUGAGCACUUAUGCUUGUUUUGUCAAACAGUAACCUACAUGAAAGUAUCUCUGUCAGUAAGAAGCUGGUUUCACAGAAAAAUGGGGAAACUACCUCAAUUCAGCUUGCUGAUUUUCUGACAUUGCUACCUCCCUGCCCAUUAUUUUUGUGUUUCUAUAUGGAAAAUUGAAGCAGGUAGCCUCUCAAGCUCUACAUAGACCAAGUUGAAGAAAGAUCACUUGAAUACAUGAACUGGUGCAGAAGAACAUUCAGCAUAUAAAGUUACUACCACGCUCUUGCAUCAAGAAAAAAGAGUGAGAUUUUUGAACUCUAUACAUCAUAAAUGGCAUGCUUUCAGAGAGACUUAAGAUCCCAAAGAUUAUAACAGAGAGAGAUUUCCCCUGCAAGUUUUAUGUAACCAUAAUAAAAAAUUAAAUUGGAUAAAGGAACUAAUUUUACAUACAUUUCAAUAGAAAUUUGCAUAUAUCUAAUGUAUUCAUUUUGCCCUGUUUACACUAGCAAGGGUUGAAUUCCUGAACUUGAAUCUUCUUCAUAUACAUUUUCUUAUAGAGCUGUUGAUGAUUGAUGAUUUUUAAAUUUUUCUUUUUUCUACCAUCUUUUGUGACUCAAUUUUUUCAAUAUCCUGAGACAUUUAUGAUCUGCUUAUCUGUAUAUUUUUAUGUGUUCAUCUGACUUUCCAGUAAGAAGUGAAUUUCCAUCAAACAGAUAUACUAUAGAGCUAUAAUACAGCUUAUUUAGCCAGUUAGAAGUAAAACUUAUGCCACUGAAACAAACAAAUGUUUACUUUCUUGUCAAAUAAUAUUUUUGUAACAUUUUUAGACUUGGUUGUUUUUCCUCUUUGAAGUCUAGUUCACAUGAUAUUUUAUCAGGGACACUAGCUAAUGGACCUCAUGUUCAGUUAAUUCUGAAGCUGAUGGAUUGUUGCACAGCCCCUGUUCCUAAUUGAUAAAUAUUUGUGGCAAAGUCCAAAUUUGGUGAAGGAGAAAUUGGUUGGAAUUAAAUUUUAUGGGCAUCCCUUCCUGUUUCCACUAUAUUAUAAUUAAACACACUGAAGUUGAAUAAUAAAUUACUGUGCUAAAAUAAUUAUAAUAACAAAAACGAACUGACAGAACAAUUAUCUUGAAGUAACAAUCAGGAAAAUACAUUAAUAAAAAGCAGGUAAGGGAAAUAUCCUUAACUUCCUGUAAAAAAAUAAUUCACAAUGCCUCUAAAUUAAGAUGUAGUUUAUCAUCUGUAUUUUAAAAUAUCCAUCAUAACUAAAAAUGUUGACAUAUUAAGGAAAGGAUCUUUAAGAUUUAGGUUUAAGAUUUUUAUCAAUAUUGAUUGGUAUGACAAAACUUUUCAUAAUAGAUAUAAACAUAUAAGGGAAUUAGUAACAUUUAUAAAGGACCCACAUAUUUAAUUUUAGGCAUUGUCUUCAGCUUGCCUGGAUCCCCAACACAUGUUGAAAUGUUAUUGUCAAGCUUGCUUACUUUAAGGAAUGACAUUAAAAACUUUGACUGACUUUCUACAUUACUGUAAAGACCAAAAGGGAGAGGAAAAAUAGUUUAUGAGUUGUCUAAAGAUCAACUCCAGACUAAUCUAUAUCAUCCCCUAAUAAUGAAGAAACAAUUUGUGUUUAUAAUUUGUCUAUCAGUACUGUACCAAAGUGCUACUGCUUGGAUUUUUCUGCUGUAUUAAAGAGAUGGGGUCUUGCUCUGUCACAAAGACUGAAGGGCAGUGGCACAAUCCCAGCUCACUGCAGCCUCAGACUCUUGGUCUCAAGUGAUCCUCCUGUCUCAGCCUCCUGAGUAGCCGUGAUUACAGGUUUGAGCCACAGCACUUAGCCUGUGAUGUAUUGUGGAGGGGAAAAAACACUACAGAACUACAAUGCAUGUCAAUUCAUUUAGAGAGUGAAAAAACCAAAAACUCAAAGUCUUAAUUUUUUAGUUUUGAGCAGAUCUGAAGAUAUUGUCAUGAAUAUCCCUUUCUUCUCUAAGAAAAUUUGUGAGAUAAAAUAACAAUAUAUAUGAACUUCCCAGUAUAUUGUAGACCAAGGUGUUGAAAUUUAAUUAGUUCAUUUCUAGUGAUUCAUAAUUUUAACUUACCACAUAAACAAUUACUAUGCAUUUCUAAGUAAUGCUUUCAAUAUAGCUUAUGUUAGAUUUCUGCACAUCAUUAAAUUAGGAAGAUGGAGGCACAAAAGCAAAGCAACAACAUUGCACAAUAGAUUAUGGAAGCAUUAUUGUGCAAAUGGAUUUUACAUAAGAAGCUUUUUUGAGUUCAUAAAAUAUAUUCAAUGGAUCCCAACAUUAAAUUUAAUUUUGUAAUCAGCAAAUAUGUUCUUUAUAAUAUCUGAAGAAUAUUAAACAACUAAAUUUUCAUCUUUAGGCUAGCAGAACUUAAAUGUGUUGGUAGUUGCUUCUUUCCUGAUUAGGCCAUAAGAAGAAACUUUCUUAUUUACUAAUUAACACUGAUUACACUCUCUUUGGUUUAAAAGGGAAAGUUUCACCUGUACACAGACUAACACACUCUGAUUCCACUUAUUUACAGCCUGCAGAAGAAAUAGCUUGUUUACGAUAUUUAAAACUUCGUGAUUUCUGCAAUAAAACAGGUAGUUAAUAUAGUUUUGCAUAAUGUUAUUGAAAGAUAUUGCUAUCCCUUCUUUAUUUGAAAAAAAAAUUAAAGUCAGCAUUUCUUUCACAUCUAGCACCUCUAAGUUACUAUUCAAAUGUCUUGAUUUCAGCUAAGUUUUGAUGUUUCUUUUUCUCUUAGUAGUGUGUCAAGAGCAUUGUUCUCAUUUGAUGAUUUGUGUCCCAUUAGAGUAUUUCAAAGGUAAAUGCAAACUAAUUUUUAAGAAGAAUUGUGAAAGAACUUUGACUUAUGUGAAAAAAUCAAGAAUGACUAUACAUGAACAAAUCUCUAUUGGGGUAAACAAGUCUCUUCAACUACAAUAUGAACAACAGAAGAGCAGAAACCAACCAAGUUAGCAAACUUAUGGUGAGGUGACAGGACCUAAACUAGAGUUACAGAGAAAAGUUUCCCAGGAAAGAAUAAUGAAGUCAUUUGCAGUGAUAAAAAUCUUAUAGACUAUGCCAAAUGUUACAGGUGUAUUCCAAAAAGUAAAAUUGGAGUUUCUUAUAUUCUGAUAUUCUGCUAAUUCCACAGGAAACAAUAAAUACUUUAAACACUCUUGAGAUAUUUCUUAUCUAGCUAUACCUUGUCUCAAGGAAACAUCAAUAUUUUAUAAAUGUUUCUUAAAUAUAAGUAUUUUGUCUCAAUUCAUCUUCACUCUCUAAUCUGCUGACUCUAUUCAACACCAACAGAGCUAAUGCUUUUAGUAGCUUUGUACUGUUUAGAGCUCUAUUAUGAAUCUUUCUAAUACAUAUGAAAUUAAUAUUAUAUUAGAAUUAUGUACAUUGUACAAAAUAAUUCAUAACCAAGCAAUAUUCAUACUAUAGAAUAAUUUAUUAUUAUAUAUAUGAAUAUUACAUUGAGACUGAACAAAUAACUACUCUGCUCCAAAUAUUACUCUCAAGUUCUCUGCCUUUAAUUAUUGUAGUCAAUUCAUAAAAUUCUACAUACAGUUGUAUAUGGUGGGUUAUCAAAUACUCCAUAAUCCAAAUGCACCUAAAAGUAUUCCCAAUGCUCCUUUCAUUCUAGAAUACUAAAGGAAAGAGUUUGAAAGAAGAGGAAAGUAAAGCAGGCUUCUAACUAUACAAUUUAAACAUGGCCAUUCAGAUUGAAUAAUUUUUAAAUGAUGAUGCUCCACUCUUUGAUCUAUAGAUGAGGUUACAAAAGAUUUACAAUUAGUUCAAAAUCAGAGGAUUUUAAAUCUUAAAGGAGUUAAGUUCAUCUCAAUGAUCCAAGACUACAAAAAUUCAUGCUAAAUUGGCAAGGAAAUAUGUUUAAAACCAAGACCUAAAAUAGCUUUCUAAGUUUAAAAAUCCCUGUGUUUCUUCUGAAUGUAAAACAGGCAAAAUGAUCCUGACUUCAAAAUGAAAUAUACUGAUUGUUAUUAAAAGAUGUUUGGCAAAGUUAAGUCAGUAUCUUCAAUGCUUUAGCAGUAGGUAGAAGUCUUUGGGGUUGGAACUCAGGAUACAGUGACUAGGACAGAGUAUAUUCUUAGACUAAUCAGUGCCUAGUCCUCUGGAGUAUUUUUUUAAUGCCCUGAAUUUCAAGUUGUCAAACUGGUUUACAUAUUGAAUGACAUUUUGAAUCAAUAAAAAUGAGAAAAAACAUUCAAAUUUGGUUUUCAUGUCUCAUUUGAGAAUAAGGAUUUCCUUCAUCACCCUAAGUAAUAAAAACUGAUAUGUCUUGAAACAACUACAGAUAAUCAGAAUGUGUUCAUUUAUAAAGUAUCACUUGUUUGUAUAUUUUAACGCUGACCUUUGCCUGUGAACUAGAAAAUCAAGAUUUGUAGAGUCAGGUUGAUUUGCCUUCAUUUGAUUUCUGCGAAUGCAUUGGAAGUGGAUGGAUAACUUGGAAGUUUUUCCAUACUGUUUUCCGCCUUGCCAAGCAUUAAAUCUAAUUCAAAAUAUGUCUUUCUAAAAAACAGUAGUUUAUUUUUAAAACUAACAACUAAUUGUCCUAUUCCUUGUUGAUAAGAAAACUCACUUUUUAGAAACAAGUAUAGCUAUUGUGGCUUUGGUCUCCUAGGAUCCUCAUAUAUUUACACAUGGCGUUAUUCUUUUCAUAUACACCUACCAGAUUUCAAGCUAUUGGAUAUUUCCCUUGUACAACCUUUACAUCCUUUUUUUUUUUUUCCUUAAAUGCUCUGUACAAUCACAUGUAAAGUCAUCAGCUACAAACCUCAAUAAAAAUAUCAGUAAACAAGAA